GGAACGCGCCGGCCACGGGCGGCCGCCGCCAGGAUGCCCCGGCCCGCCGGCCGCUCCGCCGCCGGCCACCCCUGCGGCCCCCGGCGGCCCGCGCUCGGCCCGGGGGCGCGGCAGCCGCAGCCGGAGCCCGAGGCGGGAGCCGCGAGCUGGAGUCCCGGGCGCCCACAUGCAGGAUGCUCGUGGUCCCUGGCGUCCCUGGGCCGCCACGUGUGAGGGCUGCUGCUCUGAGCCAAGGCCUGGCUUGAGGAGGAUGUCCCAGCCGCCAGCCAGCGCCCGUCUGCACCAUGAGUGAUGAGCGGCGGCUGCCUGGCAGUGCAGUGGGCUGGCUGGCAUGCGGAGGCCUCUCCCUGCUGGCCAACGCCUGGGGCAUCCUGAGCGUGGGGGCCAAGCAGAAGAAGUGGAAGCCCCUGGAGUUCCUGCUGUGCACGCUCGCGGCCACCCACAUGCUCAACGUGGCCGUACCCAUCGCCACCUACGCGGUGGUGCAGCUGCGGCGCCAGCGCCCUGACUACGAAUGGAACGAGGGCCUCUGCAAGGUCUUCGUUUCCACCUUCUACACCCUCACCCUGGCCACCUGCUUCUCCGUCACCUCCCUGUCCUACCACCGCAUGUGGAUGGUCCGCUGGCCCGUCAACUACCGGCUGAGCAAUGCCAGGAAGCAGGCGGUGCACACGGUCAUGGGCAUCUGGAUGGUGUCCUUCAUCCUGUCGGCCCUGCCUGCUGUCGGUUGGCAUGACACGAGCGAGCGCUUCUACACCCACGGCUGCCGCUUCAUUGUGGCUGAGAUCGGCCUGGGCUUCGGUGUCUGCUUCCUGCUGCUGGUGGGCGGCAGUGUGGCCAUGGGCGUGGUCUGCACGGCCAUCGCCCUCUUCCAGACGCUGGCGGUGCAGGUGGGGCGCCGGGCUGGCCGCCGCGCCUUCACCGUGCCCACCAUCGUGGUGGAGGACGCGCAGGGCAAGCGCCGCUCCUCCAUCGACGGCUCCGAGCCCGCCAGGACCUCGCUGCAGAUCACCGGCCUGGUUGCCACCAUCGUCAUCAUAUACGACUGCCUCAUGGGCUUCCCCGUGCUGGUGGUGAGCUUCAGCAGCCUGCGGGCAGACGCCUCGGCUCCCUGGAUGGCACUGUGUGUGCUGUGGUGCUCGGUGGCCCAGGCCCUGCUGCUGCCCGUGUUCCUCUGGGCCUGCGACCGCUACCGCGCUGACCUCAAGGCCGUCUGGGAGAAAUGCGUGGCCCUCAUGGCCAACAACGAGGACGCGAAUGAUGGUACCAGCCUGGAAGGUGGCAUCCCCCCAGACCUAGUGUUGGAGCGCUCCCUGGACUACAGCUAUGGGGGUGACUUUGUGGCCCUGGACAGGAUGUCCAAGUAUGAGCUCUCUGCCCUGGAGGGGGGCCUGCCCCAGUUCUACCCUCUGCAGCCCUUGCAGGAGGACAAGAUGCAGUAUCUACAGGUGAGGCCAGCCCGGGCUGGAGACGCGGAAUGUGCGGGUCCCGCCCACGCGCCGCUCCUCCCACGACGACGCGGACGUGUGGGCCGCCGUCCCGCUGCCCACGUUCCUGCCGCGCUGGGGCUCCGGCGAGGACCUGGCCGCCCUGGUGCUGCCCCGCGGGCCCGAGCGGCGCCGCGGCAGCCUGCUGGCCUUCGCGGAGGACGCGCCCCCCUUCCGUCCGCGCCGUCGCUCGGCCGAGAGCCUGCUGUCGCUGCGCCCCCCGGCCCUGGGCGACGGCCCGCGCCGCGCCCCCGGCUCGCCCCCCGGCAGCCCGCGCCGCCGCCCCGGGCCCGGCGCCCGCUGCGCCUCGGCCUCGCUGCUGCCCGACGCCUUCGCGCUGACCGCCUUCGAGCGGGAGCCGCAGGCCCUGCGCCGCCAGCCCGCCUCGCCCGGGCCCUUCCCCACCCGCGCCUCCUCCCCCGACGGCGCCCAGCCCGGCGGGGACGCGGCGCCCCCUGGCGGCGGCGGCUCGCCACGGAGCCCCGGGCCGCGCCCAGCCGCGCCCGCGCAUCCCGGGCCCCUGCGGACCGGCCUGAGCGCGUCGUGGGGCGAGCCGGGGGGCCUGCGCUCGGCGGGCGGCGGCGGCAGCACCAGCAGCUUCCUGAGCUCGCCCUCGGAGUCGUCGGGCUACGUCACGCUGCACUCGGACUCGCUGGGUUCGGCGUCCUAGGGCCUGCUGGCGCCUCCCCACGUCUCCGGGCGGGUCCGGCCACCCACGGGGCCAAAGCACCAAAGAUGCCAUCCCGGCCCGGCCCGGGCUCCGGGCACGCGGCGCCGGGCCUACCAGCGGCGUGUGGACGUGUGCCGGCCCUCCCGGGGCACCGGCUCCCUGCCUCCCCGGAAGCGGCCACUGCCCCGGACGACCACAUUGGGCGCGGACCAGCCUCUGGGCAAGGCAUCUCUGGGGCAGAGUGAGGCUGGGGCUUGGGAAAAGGUGGGCUCAUCAAGGCGCAGCUGGGCGGGCGUGGGGGGCGGGGGAGUUGGAGCUCGGAGACAGGGCCACCACGAGACGGGACAAAGCCCAGCCCUACAGGAGCCACCAGAUUGCACCCAGCUUUCCACUCUGCACUGUAAUUGUCACACCUCAGGGGAUGGUGUACAGAGGGUCUCUAAGCACAGGGGUCUUCAGAGCCCAAACCAAGUUCUCUGGGCAGGUCUCCCUGCUGACCUGUUCUGCCAUCUGUGAUGAGCAGGUGCCCAUGUUAACUCUCAGGACUGUUUGGACAAGUUUCCUGGUCUGUAUGCCCUGGCCACUGAGUGGACAGGGAGUGAGAGUAGUAUAGGACCCUCCAUGGGUCCUUUGUGGGGGCCAGUCUUCAGUGGCCUGGUGUGGCACCCAAGCCUGAGGCCUCCCACACUUAGCGCCCCUGGCCUCCUUGGGAAUUCUCCCCACCCGAGCUAAAGCACAACACUUUUGCACCGUCACCGUUGGCACCACACCCACCUUGACCUCUAUUAGCAUCCCCACCCCAUCACUCUGCCUUCACUGCCUCUAUGUACCAUGUCAGCCCCCUGUGUGACUCCCACCAUGAAGGUCAUGGGUACAUGAUGGAGAGAACUGAAGCAAAGGGGGAGUCAGCUUCCUUAUCCUGGCACCUAUCUCCAGCCCGAGCAGGUUGGCCAGGAAGGGAACUUGGCUUAGAGGGCUCCCAGGUUCUGGGUUCAAGGCCUGGUCCCUGGUAAGAGUCUUCCUCCACCCUGGGGCAGGAAUCCUCUUUGCUCUCCAUGGUGGGCAGACCUCUUGCAGGCCUGGCUUGGCCAUGGGCCCUGGGGAGGGCCUGCUGGGUCUUGCAUGGAGGAAGACCCUAGACUCGGGCUAAGGAGAAGCCCAGGAAUAGCUGUGGACCUUGAGCUGGAGGGGGCUGGAGUGAAUGCAAAGGCUGUCUCAUCCCAUCCCCUGCCUCCAUGCAGUGGCCCCUGCGUGUGAAGAUCUGGAGUGCAUUCCAGGGCCCACAAGGAGCUGAUCCAUGCCCUCCUCCCUCCUGCUCUGCAAUCUGGAAUUGCAGCACUGCCUCUGCCCCUCAGGUGGCCAAACCUGUCUCCUCACCCUCCAGACAGAGUUCCAGUGCCAGAGAGGCCUCUGGGAGUUGGGAGAACAGCGGGGACUACCCGACUCUGUCUGCUUCAGAGGCCCCUUAAGUCUCAGGCUGUGGGGUAACUUGGGGGGAUGAGGUGGCCACAGGUGAGGAAGGCAGGGGGUUCCAGUCCAGCCUCAGCCACGGGAGGCCCACCUCGCCAACGCUGCUAUGCCUUCAAGGACCAACAUGUCCCGUGGGGGCAGAGGUUGCCAGUUAGCCAGUGUCCCCUGCCCCCCAAGCAGGCUGGCCAUUUUGUCACCUUGGGUUUUCACUCUGUGUAUUUCAUAUCCAACUGCAAUACUCACAGGGAGGCGUGGUCCCCUGAUGAGGAGGGAGGCCCCCAAGCAGAGGCCCCCCGGGGGGGGCCUGGGGCUCCCUCUCUCACUCUGUCUAGCCUCCAAGCCUGUCUGCUGCCUUGAUAAGCAGCUUGACCCUGGCUUCAGCGUGGAGGAAGCUUUGUCUUCAUACCACCACCCAGCCCAGAGCCAGGGAUCCGUUUAUAGUUUUUUUUGACAACUGAGCAUUUCUCUUCUGUACAGAAUCCAAUAAAAACUUCCUAUAAUUUGCA